CCGCGUCAUUGUGUUGUCAAGGCGUCCAGGGCCAUUGGCGUCGUCUGGUUCUUUCCUAUUGGCCCUAAAGUCACGUGAUCAUAUUUACAUUCACCGUACGUGAAAAUUCUUCAAAACAAUAUUGUUACGAUUUCAUAUAAACGCUGCAAGCGUACGUAAGUUUGUUAUAUUUUUUACUUAUAUAUGGUUUACAGACACACACCGUUAUGGUGGCGAUGUUUAUAGCGCAUGAAUGCUGGAAGAUAUGAAAAUUUUUGUGUGCUUUGGAGCGACUAAAAUCGUCGUUCCUUGUGGAAGUGAACUACCUGUUCGCGAACUUGUACAGCAAGCUAUUGUUCGGUACAGAAAAGUCACGAAUAAAGUAAGUAUUCCCAAGUUGAAUUCACUGAUUGUUUCAUUUGUUAUGAUAAAACUUAAAUUUUGUUAAGAGCAUUGGCUGAACGACUUUGUCUGUGUAUGAAUACACGAGCAUUUCGCAAACUAUUUGGGAGUAUUUGGCACACUUUUGUUUGAUUGUUUAGUCAUUUAGCUGCCGGGUUUAACUUAAAGUUGUUUAAUAUAAGUUUUACUAAUCUGUGGCCAAUAGGCAUCUAAAUUAUAUCUAAAAUAAUGAACACUACUGGAAAUUUUUAUGUAGUUGCUGAUGUGAAAUUCAAUCAAUGGAUAUUGCAUUGACAAGCUUCAUAAAUCACAUGUUACAACAUUGAUUUUAAGUUUAUAUCAACGCGGUAAAACAAGUAAUAACUUUUCAGCUUAAUGUAUAUCCAAGGCCAAGAUAUUUAGCAUUUAUUUCUUGACUAUAUUGAUUUUAAAAAUGAGUAAAACAGGGAUUUAAUUUGAAGGUCAUUUCAAUGCUCCGCUUCCGUUUUGUUAGAAUAGCAUGCAUUUGUCCGCAGUUUUACAAAUUAUAGCGAUCGCUGAUAAUUUGAUAAAGCCAUUUGUAAGCAAUAUUUUUCGAUUAAAAAGCAGGAAUAAUCCCCAUAUCUUGCAAUGAUUAGUCAAAUGUUAAUAAGUUGAUACACGUUUCUCUCCUUAGCAUGCAGACGACUACAUACGCGUGCAUUGUUUACAAACAUGUGAUGAAGGAGCCAUUUUAGACGAAGACGAUACAGUUGGUGAUGUUCUUGAUGAUCGAGAUAAGGUAUUGAACUCUUUCCAUAUAAAAAUUCCUCCUCAAAUACAUUAAUCACGUUUUCACAAAACUAUACCAUUCUCAAAAAUAUACAGUAGUUUACCUGCGGCACUACAGUACUGAUCUGUAAAUUCUAAUUGCAAUUUACAAAGUGCGAAUUUUUUAACCACUCGUUCGAAACGGUAUGUGCUGUUUUAAUUAUUUCUUUUCCAUUUGUGUGUUUUGUCAUUGUGCCCAGUUUUUUACAUCAAAUAGUACCACGUACAGUUUCCAGCUGUCACAAAAUUUGCUGUAGAACUAAAAGAUCUUUCAUGUAAAGAAUCUUACUUGUGAAAAUUGUAGAAAAAUAUCUGAAUUUGAAGUACCUACAUCGAAGGAAACAAUUUCUCACAUUACUUAGCUGUUAUUGUGAUAUCCAACCGUGUUGACAAAAUAUGCAGCUCAGGUUUCAAAUUUCUAUUGAUAUUCUCGCUUUCCUUCAAGUGAUAUGGAGUGUCAAAUUUCAGCGCUAUGAGCAAGCGUAUGGCAAUGGAAGUUUGCUUUUGUCCUUGCAAAUGUACUGAGAAAUAACCGAAAUUUAUUGUAUUUGGUGCUUUACAUUAAUGUUCCAUGAAAUGCUUCAGUUAACACACAUAUUUUGAACAUUCUAUACUAUUGCUUUACGGGUUUCUUCCCGCUUUUUUGUCCUUGGCUUGGACAAAGCUGAAUAUUUAUUUGAACUCAGCUGUCGCUAUUUGCAAUUUGUUUUCUCAUGAGUACCAUAUACAAGGUAAGAAAUGCUUUCAGUAACAGACAUUGAUCUAUUUACGUUACGGAUUAGCCUUAUUUAGUGAAUAUAUUGUUACAGUUUCUCUAAAUUUGUUUUGAAACGCGCGCAAUGCCUUUAUAAUAUAUGCCAAUCCAACAAUCCUCAAAUUUUCAUUAAUACUUCACUGGAUCUACUAGGUAUUUGACAUCAGAACAGGUACAUACUUGAUCCCAUGGAUAAAGAACAAAUUAUAUAUGCGUAUACAUUGUUUUUGUUUAAUAUGAGCCCAAACAAUGCUCUAAUUUUGUUGGUAUAAAUUCAAAAAAACAAUAUUCACACCUACACAUCAUGAGGCCAUCAUGACUUUGUUUACAAUACUGUGCAUAUUUUUUAUAGUUUUCAUAGUUUUUGGUAAUGGAAAAUAUUGCACCUUGUAAGACACCCUCAUUAAAAUAUAAAUAAUAUGCUUCUAAAAACCAGCAAUAGAAUUGAUAUGUUGACUUCCAGUGUAGGUACUGAUUAAUUCUUCGUUAUGCAUUGCACCCUGCUUUAUAAUAUAUUUCACUCUGUCUGAUGCCAGAUGAUUUUACUUGUCAUAGGAAGAACGCUGGCACACAAUGCCACAAUGGGUAAUCAGACUUUACCAGCUUGGUUGAAUGAGCUACAGUAAUUACCUGGAAAAUAUAUAAGUUCCCUUCAACAAGGAAAAGCCCUGCAGCAUACUAAAACUGUCUGUACCAGUAUAGGUAGUACCAAUGUAAAAAUGCUGUGCUGAGCGGUUAUAUCACUACCUUAAAAAAUAAGCAGAAACUCGACGUUUCGAGCGAAGGCCCUUCGUCAAGAGUUAGUGGCAGGGAUCGGGGAAAAUGCACGGGCUUUUAUACUAAGAAUAUGAAAGCAUCACAUGACAAAAAAUAAACCAAUUAGAUGGAUUUAAUCAUAACAAAGUGUAAACAAAAUAUGUAAAUCACAUUACAGAAUAUAAAAUAAUUAAAAAUAUAAAAAUAUACAGGAAGUUAAGACAAUUACUACAAAAAAUAAUCAAAACAAAACAUGAGUGGGAAUAAGGUAAAAGUAAUAAAUAGAGGUUGUCAAUGUCUGCUAUAGACAGGCAAGGACAGAUGGCAUCAUAGAUAAUCCAGAAGACAUGCUUCUGGAUUGUCUAUGAUGGCAUUAAACAUAAGAAAAGCAUUCAUUAAUGCCGCAGCAUACAGCAGCAUACAUGUGUUAAAUACAUGUGUUUGCAAUGCAUUACAUGUAAGUUGCAUUGUGUCCUAAUGUGACCUAAUUUUACUCUUCAAGGGGUGAGUGUUAUCCAGGGUUCGUACGGGUCCUGGAAAACCUGGAAAGUCAUGGAACUAUUUUAGUCAUGGAAAGUAAUGGAAAAUUGAAAUUUUACAAAACAUUAACAAAGUAUUUUACUUAUUUCAAUUUACCAGUCAUAACAAUAAUAUGAAUUGUUGUUAUAUAAUGGUUUUUGCAAGAACUAAGUGAAUUUUGUUCUUUUUAUAUUAUGUCUGUUAUCGUUAAAAUAUUAACGAAUUUCAGAAAUUCCAGACUUCCAGGUCAUGGAUUUUGAGAAAAGUGGUCAUGGAAAGUCACGGAAAAGUCAUGGAAUUUUAAAUGGGAGAAGGUGUACGAACCCUGGUUAUCACUCAAUGGGUUAAUCAGACUACUGUAUCUACCCAUGUGUCUAGUUUACCCAUUAAGAUGCAUUACACCCUAUAACCAGACAAUUUCACUUGUCAAGGGAAGCACUGGUGCUCAAUUCAUGAGUUAACCCUAUUUACCAGCUUGGUUGAAGGAGCUAAUUACCUGGAAAAUAUAAAAAGUAUAUAUACUUCAAGAAGGAAAGGUCCUUUGCAGCGUACAUGUGUUAAAUGUAUGUGUUUGCAAUCCAUUUGAUACCCAGUCUGGAUAUACUGACAUCCUGAGUUUCUGGGAUGUUAACCAGCAGAUAAACAGACAGUGAUAACACUGGUGCAACCUAUAUGGUUGAGAAUCCCUAGGGGCCCGUGCCAUGUUCCUGCUGGAAAAUUUGGAGUUAUCCUGAAAUUGUAUUUACAUCAGAUUGAUAAUCAGAAAUUAUAUAUUCAAAAUUGUAUACUUUCAUUAAAUCUUAAGAUAAGAUUAAAUCAUUGAUGUGGUACAAUACAUAGCGAAGUGGGUCGUUCCAGAAAAGAUCCACACUCCCCCACGGAGGAAAUUCCUGCCGUCCGGAGGGGCAGGGCCGGACAUUUUCCACAAAAAUUACUCGCAGGAAAUAUUUUUGUAUCUCGCAGGAAAUUUUUUUGUUCAUAAUUUAUUUUAGGUUUGACACUUUGAAGAAUAUAGUUAAAGUUAUAUUUCCAAAUUGCUAUCGAGUAGAUUUAGAAUACAAGUGUAUACGAGGACGUAAAUCAGAUUACACUGUAUUUUGUAGCCUAAAGUAAACACUACCAUUUACGCAUUUACAGGCAACUAACUACGAACGGUUUUCACUUUGUCUUUUGUUAUUAUAACAGUCUUAAUUUACGUUUCAAACGCGCAGAUUAGCCCUUACGGCUUACUAACGAACGUGUCAGUUUCGACGUAUCAAUCAAACAGCUUAAACAGCGAUUUACAGAAAUUUCUGGAAUCUGUUGCUGAAGUUGUCAAAGAUAAUGUGAAAGAUUAUUUGAAAAAACCACUAUAGCAAACCGGAUUUGCAUCUUCUGUUAAAGUGUUAGCAUACAAAGAAACAUGCAAGCAUCGCACUCGACAGUUUGUUGGUUUGACUAGCGUAAUACCAGAUGCCGAUGACCUUCUACAAGAUAUGUUUCCGAGGCUACCAGUUGUGAAAAUUCACACUGGCGAAGGUGUCGGCCAAAUUAUUAUAUCCGUGCUGAAAGAGUUUGAGAUAUCGGCCGAGCAAUUUCAAGGUGGAUCCUUCGAUGGCCAGUAUUUCCACUUUUCUGUUCCUGAGGUCCUAAGUACCCACUUUGGCACAGGAGGAGAAGACGCGUCUGUCCAUUAUGAUUACAAUCCCAUGCACAAAGCUGGCUUGGUCGAGAAGAUGACAAUUUCAAGUUUCUGAAUAAGAUAACUGAAGUUGUUGCAGCUGUUCUCAAGAAUUUCAAUCGGGGGAAGAAUUACGAAGCACUUGCAGAUGCGUAUGAAUCCUUGGGACAAGUGCUUGCAAAUCCAGCUAAGUAUAGCACUACUCGUUUUGCAAAUAGUGUCAGGAAAGUUUAUAUGAACUUUCGUAAGGAUUAUCGAACAAUUGCGCAGUGUCUCGAGAUGACAAAGACUGAAAAGAGAGACGGUGACUCGAAAGAUAGGCAAAAUGCUGCUGUUCGUAUUGAGACUAUCAGAUCUGGUGUAACUGAUAUUUAUGAGAAGUAUGGAGAAUUGGUAAAUGUGGUGCAGAAAGUCAACUCUCUUCCUCAUGAAACUGAGAAUAUGUCCGAAAGAAUGAAUCAUGAAAAAUGUGACACGAAAUCCUGCUCUUGGCCUGUAUAUCAUGAUGAUAUAAAGCAAGUGGAUGAUACAGGUGAAUACAUGGGUGUACAAAGAGGGGCCAAAUGUAACAAGGUCUUUAGCCAGAAGAGCAAAUGCAAACAAAGCUGAAAACGUGCGAGAUAAUGUUUUAAAGCAAGUAUUGUUGCUCAUCACACGCUUGGAGAAACAUUUACGCGAUCAAGUCUUCUAUGCUCAGUCAGACAAAGAAAUGAUCGAGGAUACCAGGCUGAUUACUGCUUUGAAGACCACUGCAGUUAGAAUAAAGUUGAGAGGUGCCAUCCUUAUUUCGAAUAUAGAAAGAGCGAAGUAUAGUAUAACGACGCUACGCAAAAUAAUCCCAUCCGUUAAAGAGGUUCCGGACGAAACCAUAUUAAAUUCUUCAAUUCCAGGAAUUUCUGGUACGGCUGGAGCAAGUGGUCAGAAACAAAAAGAAUGAUGAUUUCGACAGCAAAGAACUUAUUAGGUUAUUCGACAAAGAGUUGUACAAAGGAAUUGAGAUGAUUAUCCACUUCAUUUGUGUGUCCGCUGUGAGCCUGUGAAAAUUUCUGUGGAAUCAGUGAUUGAAUCAUUAACAUCAAAGUUUGAGAUUCACUUCAAUAAAUUUAGAAAUGUGAAUGAGGAUACCGCGUAUAACGAAUGAUGGUCAGAGUUAAUGGUCUUUCACCAGCCCAAUGUGAUAAAGUUGUGAUGGCGGCUAUGAAACAACAUUUCAAAGGGCAGCAUAAGAGCAGCAUGUGUAAGAAGUCGAAUGACAUCAGCCUAUUUGACACAGUGGGUAUAUCUAACAAUUCUAAGGUUGUAAACAGAAUGCUGCAAGAGAAGUCAAGACUGCCGUUCAUGCAGUAAGAAAUGAAUUGAAUAAAAAUUUCUGAACUAUUUUCUGAUUGUUACAAAGCUAUACUGAUGAACUUGAUGACUUCAUUUAUGAUUUAUUUUUAUCUAUAAGUAUCGAACCUUGAUAUUUAUACAAUAUUUAUACCGUUACCUGUAACAAUCUAUCAAUAGUAUAGAGGUACACAUGGAUAAGUACAUAGUUAGAUAAUACUGAUGAGUGAUGAGCGAUGAUUGCAUCAUCAGUGCAUGAUCAGUGAUAACAGAAACUCGGAAAGACAAAUUGUCAACUAAAUAAUUUCCCAGAACAGCCAGAAUAAAUAAAAAAAAGUUAUUUCAUAUAGUGUCAUUGAUGUUCCUGUCGAGUGUAGUAGCUACUUCUUAAAAGUAUAUAAUUCUAUUUUUCACAUUAGUGCUUGUCCUCUUAGUUAUAAAUCUCUGGUUAUAAAUAAAAAAGUUCUCGCAGGAAAUAUUUAAUUAGUUUAGUAGGAAAUUUCUAUUUUUGGAUUUUGCUGCGAGGAAGAGAAAUACUUUAUCCAGGCCUGCGGAGGGGGAGGGGAGAAAAAAAUGUUUCUGAUAAUAGUAAAUGUAUUAGGACAUCCGAAGGGGAUAGGGGGGUUAACUUCCAAUUUCCUCUGUGGGGGUGGUAUGGAUGUUUUCUGGAAUGACCCAAUGAACUGGCUAUCCUCGUACCCAGGGUCUUUUUGGGAGUGAAUUGGCUUGUUCGAAAAAAACAGGGGCAACUCCUAUCAUUGAUCAAAAUAUGAUUAUCAGGCAUUAGUCGAAUUUGCUGCAAUGCAUAUUGUACUUUUGGUAGUGUUGGGUUCCACAACCCAGGUAAGGGUUUCAGCUUUGUGGUACACAUGAUUUAAUUAAACAGGAUACAAUAUAGUACAGUAUAAUUUCAAGAAGUUGCAGAAUGUACAUUCAAACAAGAAAAGUCUUCAUAAUGUCUGCUGCACUGUUUCUUGGCAGUUGAAACCUCUGCAGAAGAGUGAAUUUGCUCUCUAAGGACAACCAAUUAAAGGGCAACCAAUUGAUCAUAAUUAUAGUAUUUCCCAUUAGAUUAGGUUGUUUACUUUAAUCAUGUUAUAAAUGGUUAUAUCUAGAAAAGUUUUUUUUGACAAAAUCAGAGUCUCAUCAUAUAAUGUAACCUUCACCUGAAGUAGAUACCUCUCAUACCAGAUAUUUUAGCCUUGCAAAGACUUUGCAGGAUUGGGAAUACAAGUGGGUGAUUAGUGAUUAUUGAUUUAACCCAUUAAGCGCCAGCGCGUUCCCCUUGACGAGUAAAAUCGUCUGGAAUUAGACAGAGUAAAAUAAUAAAGUAAGGCGCAUCAGGGCACAAUGCAACUCAAUGGGUUAAUUAGACACAUGGGCAGAUAGGCCAGUUAACCCACUAAGCAUCAGCGCUCUCCCCUUGACGAGUGAAAUAAUAAAGUAGGGUGCAUCAGGGUGCAAUGCGACUCAAUGGGUUAAUUAAAAGCAAUGAAAAAUUUACAUGUGGCAUCAAUACUGUAACCAAUGCUAGAUUAAUCUGGUACUGUCAAUGAUGUACUGUAGUACCAUUAACAAGAGAACUGGCUACCCUGUAGGACCUGCCCUGCUAUAUUUUGAAGUUUCAGCUGAAACCUAUUUCAACAGCUUUCAUGUUGAUCCACGUACUAUCCUCUUUGUUGACUGGCAUUGUUUGAUCAACGUUAUUAUGGUCAUUCCCCCAUCUCAUGUUACCUCUGUGCCUUGUUAAUCUUUGCUUUGGACAUUGUUUAAGAUUUUCUUUGUUGCAGUAUAUAAUUAUAUAGAGGGCAAUAUUACUCAAAUAUGAUUGGUUAAUGAGGAGGGCAUUUUUUCUUAAUUCAGGGCAAAAUUAGUUGUGCCUGAUUGGCUGAGACGCAAGCGCGGGAAGUUUCUUGUUUUAAAUAGCAAUGAAAACAAUGACUUCUCACUUUGUCGUUGCGGAUAAUGAUGUUAUUGAAGAAUUAAAAACUUCUAGUGAAAUCUUGAACACUAGAAAAAGUAGGCCUACAAAUUUAUUGGUUGGAGUAUUUAAGAAAUGGGCAGAAUUAAUUAAGGAACAUUGGCGAAGAUAUGGAGACAUACAGUACGAGGUUCAAGAACUUGACAAGAAGUUCACAAUUUACUUACGAAUAAAUUUUGAAUAAAUAAUUAAAUAAACUAACGAAUAAAUAAAUAAAUAAACUUACGAAUAAAUUAUUAACAAGUAAUUGCAUAGUUCCUCGUAAAAUUAAGGUUUAAUUUCACUUGUGUUUUCAAAGUUUCACAAAUUGCCCCCGUCGCUCCCCGACUCGGGCAAUUUGUAAAACUUUGAAAACACGCGUGAAAUUAAACCUUAAUUUUACUCGGCCCCAUGCGAUUACCUAUAGAAAUAGACUGUUCCUUUACUUCUGCUGAAGAUACCCAUCAACACUAGUGGUAUAGUGGCUGAAUGAACACCAUUACCAGGACGUGAAAAAAAAACAAGUCACUUUUGUUUUUAACAUAGGCUGUUAAUAGGCAUUCAAAUCCAGUCAAAUGCGUUAACUUGCCUUCAACCAUAACCAGUGUCUACUGAUUUCCAUAUAUAUGCAGUCAUUUGGAUGCAAGAGAUCCUCAGCUUCAAUUGGUUUUCUUAUUUCUAUGCUCUUCAUAGGUGUUUUGUUUGCAGAGGUUGCACAUUUCCAACUCAGCUAUCCACAAUUGCACUUCUCUCGCGACUUAGGGCCGUGUCGUUGUGUGAAAGCUUCAACAGGUCUGUAAGCAGUCUUUAGGGUACGACCAACACAACUUGUUAUACUGGAUUGCCCUGAUACACACUAUGGCGGUGGAGGAUACACGCUUCCGGAAAAUACGUCACCUUGGCUAUAUAGCCUCGUUUUCGCGAUUGAGACGUUGAGCUUUAAUGUCACUUACACGAAAGUGAGGCAGCGAUGUUUUGCUAAUUUUAGAAGAGGGGGGACGCCCUUGAAAAUCAAAUGGGCGUGGUCAUUCGAUUGGGCGUGGCCAUUGGCCAUGAAAUUAAACAAGCGGGGAUUUAGUGACUUUAGUCUAAUAGGCAAGCUUGUCAAAAUAUGUCACAUUGCUGUGGAUGACGGUUAACGGAUGGCUACGAAGCCAGUUUCAACUUCUGAAAUUAUGUCUUCCACAGAUUUUUCAGUAAAGAAUUCAACGAUUUUAGAUCUUUUAGAAAUCAUAUCUCUUAUUAACUACAAUGGUCAACAACCUAUUUUACAAUUUCUGGCUUAGGCUUGAUUUUUAUAAAUUAGUAUAGUCUUUCACGCAUUCGCGAAAUUAAACAUUAAAAUCAUCAAUGGGAACAUAAAAUGAUUCAAUAAGAACAUUAACAUGAAUGGGAAAGAUUCAAGGAUAUCUAUUAUCCAAGCUUAUUUAGUUACUCGUGAAAACGUCAUAUUUAACUUGCAAAGUUGCCUAUUUGCCGAGUUGGUUGACUCACAUAGCACUAAGGGACCGGUCAUUAUUUAUGGUGGGGGGUGGCACCGAAGAGAAAUGUUUUUCGCGGCAGAAAUUUUGCUGACCCAACCAUUAAAAAGACAAAAAAUUGAUUACCCAACCUCAAAUAUAAAUUGAAAAAUAAUUACCCACCCCUGGCCAAAAACUACAAAAGGAUACCAUUCAGUUGUCACAUAUGUCUUUUACCACUUCUAUGACAUGAGUUUGAUAACGGCUUGUGAAAUUUUCUGCAGUCUAAAGUUUCAUGUUGUCUGCACAUGCACUUUCUUUGGAAACACCAUUUGUUUUGUCAAAAUGAUCAAGAUAGUGACUCUGAUUGAUUCACGUAUUGUAUUGACAAAUGACUGUUGACAUUGCUUUUCAGUCUCCAAUAUUUCAGUGAGUCAUGCUUUGGAAAUGACAAUAAAUUUUUAUUACCCAACCCUUGAGUUGUUUUGUUUUUCAUUUACCCAACCUUUUACUCACUCAAAAUUUUGAUUACCCAACCCUUUUCUCUUCUGUGCCACCCCCCGCCAUAAAUAAUGACCGGUCCCUAAUGCAUCAUCGAAAUUGGAAAGUUAACGUGGUUUUAGUUGCUUUUUGACAUCUACCGCGCGCAAGCUACGUGUUCUUAAGGUAUCAUAUUCUGCUAACUCCAUGCAUAAGGUAAUUCAAAUUAUAUCCCGCUGGGCUGCUGCCUGACGUUAUCUCCGUGCUGAUGACAAUUGAUUGUGAACUAUCUAAGUGGACGUCAAUCAUAAGACUCUAGACUAUUAUUUUGUACUAGUCUGCUAGAAAUUUCGGCAAAUAACACGUAUGUAGAACAAGUGAUAGCCAAAAUUAUUUGGACGAACGGCGUCGAACGGCGUUCACUGAACUUCGCUAAUAUUUAAUCCCUGCCAGGGGGAACGGCAUUCCCCCAUGUUUGAUUUUGGCAAGGGGAACGCCGUUCCCCUGGUAAAAAAAGGUGGGGGACGGCGUUCCCCCGCGUUCCCCCUGGAAAACAUCACUGAAGUGAGGCUCUAUAGCCAAAGCGACGUACUUUCCGGAAGCGUGUAUUGUGACUAAACAAGUGCGUCAAUCCAUGGUGAGGGCAGGGUGUCCACGGGCCUUGAAAAUCCUGGAAAGUCCUUGAAUUGGAAAAACAAAAUUCCAGGACUGGAAAGUCCUUGAAAAACAGUAGAAGUCCUUGAAAGUCCUGGAAUUAAUUUCCUUAACCUCCAGCUGUGCCAACAUUAGUGAUUUUGAUUAAAAUUACUGAAUAAAGUGAAUUAUUUGCUUGGCAAAUCCGUGCCAUUUUCAAAGAUUUUUCCCAGUUCUAGAUCCUUGAAUUUUCUGAAAAUGGGCCUUGAAAGUCCUGGAAAAGUCCUUGAAUUUCACCUUCACCAAAGGGUGGACACCCUGUGAGGGGGACUCACCCCCCAUGAUCUGUAAUAAAUUACGUCUUUUGGGCGGCUUCGUCCCUUACUUUUUGGAAUGAAUUGUCCUUGUGACCGAACUAUCGGUGGCGACACAAUUGGUCAUUCUCUUCCUCGUUGUUUUCCGGUGGUCCGGUAGCAUCUGCAUUACCAGUGUGUUGUGCUUUGAGGAUCCUCCACGGACAUAUUUCAGUGACAGCUACCAGCCACGAUUUCUGCUCAGCCACCAGCCAUGAUUUCUGCUCGUGUGCCAUUGAAGGUGCUAUUCCGAACAAUACUGUGUUGUUGACCUGGUUAAUGGCUUGAUGCCUCGUACUUCCAUGAUCUUUGCGUUCCUUCAGUCGUUACGGCCACGUCAAACUUUAUGGCCAAUCACAAUCUACAGUAUAUUGCUAAACCAUCGUAAUGUACAAUUCUUGUAAUCUUGGUUUCUAAAUGUACUAAUACACUAAUGACAUGGAAUGUUGUCUAAAGUCGAUUUAUUCAUAUAUACGGACUAUACUGUACUUGUACAUAUUGAUAAUACGGCAACCUCGCUAACACGAUCAAAAUUUUAUGGGUCUAUUUUUGACAGUAUAUACAGAUAUAAAUAUAAGAUCUUUUAUAAUUUUAGGUAAUCGCAUCUUUUGAAGAAAACCUAGUUACUCGGCCAGGGCAUAAUGGCGGUGAUGGAACCAGCACAUCAUCUGUUGGUACUGCAAGUCCUGAUAUAUUUCAAGGUGGACCCAUUGAAGGCAUCCCAAUUGCAACCAACCCGUAUUCGAACAACAGACAACCACAGAGGAUACUAGAUGACUAUAAACAUAAGAAUUCUUUACAAGUAAAAUACGUAGAAAGCUUUUCACCUCACAGUUCACAUUCAACAUUGACCUCUGCCUCUGGUGAAAAUCAUGAAGCGACGAGGGAGAACGGUGGUCGACAUUUGGAAGGCAGAUCAUCAGGAUCAGAUGUGGAAGGUUAUGAAGGUGGUGAACAUGGUGAUGAUGAUGAGAGUGAUAUAUCUGCUUUUAAAAGAGAACCUGCUAGGAAAUCUUUAAAAAGUGAUCAUUUAGAUAGAUGGAUUGAUAUGCAAGAAUCUUAUUCUGAGGUAAUAGACAGAUUUAGAUCGAGGACGCGGACGUCAAAGACGACGUGAAAAUGGCGUGUUGUGCCCAUGUAUUGAUAUGCCACGCCAUUUCACGUCAUCUUUGACGUCCGCGUCCUCGAUCUAAAUCUGUCUAAUUGUUUGGGUAAAAUGUACAUGCAUGUAUUUGCACAUUGUAGCUAUACAGUAUAUUAAUGCCUACGCAGACGAAGUUAAGGCCCGGGUCAAAUGUCGCUCUUCUCAUGCGCCCAACCUUAUACCAAUCAGAUGCGUUUAAUCUACCUCAUUAACCAAUCAGAUACGUUCAAUCUACCUCAUUAACCAAUCAGAUACGUUCAAUCUGCUUCAUUAAGCAGUGCGUAUUAAGCCAGUCUUUCUUUCAGUCUCUCUUUUAUCCGUUUGACAACGACGGACAAAAGUCUUGAGCCAAUUUAAUUUAUUAAAUAAACCUCUUGGUUUACUUGUAGUUCAAAAGACAUGAACCCACUGGUGCUCCACCAUCGCCCGUUGAAAAAAUGGCAGUGCCUGAUUCUAGUACAAGAAUUAGCAGACAGAUAUCGUUGGCUUUAUCUGAACCUGAGUAAGAAGAUGUUUUUAAUACCGUUGUUGGCAAAUAAGGAUGAACGAUCAAGACAUUGCCUAUGCUCAUGUGAUUUCCUAUGCUCAGGUUUUAAUAUGACCAGGCCAUCACAUUUAACAACCCUCACGCUGACUGGCCAAGCUUAUUUACUGUCUUCAAACGCUCGUUACAAGUGAGACUAGACCGCAAUGUUUUGAUCUUCGAUUGUUCAUCAUUAGGUGCAAACGACGGUAAACUUGUUAAUUAUUUCAUUUUCACAUCUGUAUAUUCAAUCUUAAAGGCUUUCUAUCUAAAAGGCUGAAAAAAGCCACCGCUCGAUUAAAAGACUCAGAUUAGGAAAUUGGCGUUCAAUGGUUAAAGUCGAUUCUCUGCGAUUUAGUCAUAAUCAAACUAUAAAUAGACAUGGACAACAACGUGAUACUGUGCAUUUCAUCAAAAAGGAGCGAACAGAAUUCUUGGCCCCUAUACAAUAUCCCAUGAAAAUUCCAUGAAAAUUCCAUGUAAUUUUAUGCAUUGUAUAGAAACAACGUAAGGCGGAAUCUGUCAAAAUGUGUUUGCUCAUGCUGAACAUUCGAUUUUCACUCCAUUCCUCAUUUUCAAUCAUUGCCUUAGGGCAAACUUCAAAAUUCUAUAGAUGAUCCUACUGAAUGAUUGUUUCAUUAUGCCCGGCGAAAAUUCAUUGUUUUCACUUUGGCUUUGUACAAUUUUACGAAAUGGUUGAACAAAGGCUUUAGCCAAGCUUACAGUUCAUGUGUUGGCAUAGCCUAGGACCCUAGGUAGUAAAGUUCGUCUGACUUUGCUAUCAAGUGUUUUAUUAUGUAGCUCAUUAUGUAUGCAGAUUUACGUCAUUGUAUUGUCAUUUGGUAUUAUAUUCUAUAUCUUGUGUCUGUAAUAUAGGAUAUAAUGCUAUAUGACAAUACAAUGACGUAAACAUCUGAAGUCGGACGAACUUUAUACGUAUUUUUAAGCGUUUAACGCAUUUGUAAGUAAAUAUUUGCUGGGCUGCCUAUGGGAAUGAAGGAAGGCAUGCAUGGUGGAAAAAGGGAAAUCUUUCAUAAAAGUGUUUGUGGAAAAUGCAGAGUCUACUGACUGUAGUUAAGAUUAUUAUAUACCAAGUGUCAAAGUCCAUGUUUUCUUGCAUCUCAGGAAAUAGUUUUUCAUAGAUUCCGCAUUCCGUACUGCGCAUCUUUGGGAAUACCAUCCUGUAAUGAUGCUGCCCAACAAAUUCCCCAGUUUAUUUCGUUUUGGGACUUGUAUAUCAAGUCUAUGUCAUAACAAACCGCCUACAGUGCUGAGUAAUUUCCGGGGUGUUUUGUUUAUACAGGGAUUCUGAACAUCUUAAUAUUGUUCUAAAACCAACCAUGGGAGAAAAUCUUGGAAUUACUGUUCAAGGAUAUAAAACUGCUGAUGGGAGGUAAAAUAAUUCUUAGAAUUGACUGUUGGAAGUUACGAUAUUCUCAUAAUUGUAUGACUUGACAGUAUGUCACCUUGAAAGAACUCUUACUAAGCAAUUCUAGAAACAGCGUGGUUAACUGCAUGUAUAGAAGUAGGUCGUUUACGUCAUACGCUCAAUGCGGAUGUCCAAUCAUGCGGAUGUCCAAUCAUGCAGCUGGCCCUGGUUAGAUUUAAGAUUGUAUAUAAUUUUCAUCUACAAACUAUGAUUAUGGGACAAUGUUGGCUGAACCCGUCAGGAAUGAAAGCAUUGACCUCAACAGUGUGAGGAAUAGUACUUUGUGGCCAUGAGUUGGAGCCCUGUGAAUUGAGUCAAAAUGGACUUGCUAAAACAAUACUACUUUCUGAAUGUCCCAACUGGGACGCUCAGCAAGUUAUUCAACUCCAUUUGGAUACAAAGUACCAUCACUAUUUCGCCACUGCUGAGGACAGACGGUCUGUUGCAGUGGCGAGCUAGCUACAGAAACAGGUCAUACUAUGCAAAUUUUUAAAGUGCCUGUGACACGAAAUUUCACCCCAAAUGUUUAUGGUUGCAUUGUAAAGAUCACUUAAAAAUGACUUAAUAAUUUCUUUUAUAGAAUUUUGGUAACUUGCUCCCUUUUCUAGAUAUUCAACUUUGUUUCAUAUGCAAAUAUCACCGGUGUGACAUCACAUUACGUAAUGAGUUUUCAGAAAAGUAUAGUUUUCUUGACGAAUACGUAUCUAAAAAACUUAAAAAUUGCCCUUGUAUAUGUAUUAAUUUCAUAACUGGUAAUUAACCCACUGUAUUUGUUUGUAAAAAUAUUUUAUCAAGGUAAAAUAUUGCGUUUUUAAAAUGUCAUUAUGCGAUGUGAUGUCACACCGGAGAUAUUUGCAUAUGAAACAAAGUUGAAUAUCUUGCAAAGGAAGCAAGUUACCAAAAUUCUAUAAAAUAAAUUAUUAAGUCAUUUUAUAAGUGAUCUUUACAAUGCGAUCAUAUAUAAACAUUUGGGGUGAAAUUUCGUGUCAUGCAUAUAGGCAGUUUAAUGAUUUGUAUUAUUCAAACCUUUAUAAAUGUAUUGCCCUAAUGCCCGUAAUCUGUUUCGAUGCAGGUUUAUUAGCAUAGCACGACCAGUUGCCAUGACUAUCUUUGCCACUGAUCUCUUGCAAUGCAUAAUAGUGGAUAUUUUUUCACUUGUAGUGAGCUUGGUCUCAUUGUUUUUGAAAUUGAUCCGAAAGGUUGCGCAGCUCGUGAUGGACGUGUACAGGUGCGAGAUAAGAAUGUAUACUAUUUACACUUAUUUAUGUAUACGGUAACAUCUCAACCAUAUCCUAACUAUUAAAAAUUAAAAGUUAAAAAUCUAUCGAUGUUUACAUUUAGAACAUUAAAAACACAAAAAAGUAAUAUUAAAACAAUUUAUAAGGUUGAUUUUCAGAUGGCCGUGUAUACAGUCAAUGGAAAGUUAUACUUUUUUGCAAACACUCAAUACAUGCAUGCAUUUCAUUUUUAUAUAAAACUAAAUUGAAAUAUCGGAAAACGAAUAAAUUUUCAUUAGUAGUAUCAGUGUAGUAGUAUUAUUUAUUUAAUGACGAUGUGGUAACUUUACUAGAACAUUCCCUGCAGGUGGAAAGCGGAGGCGGGAUACCGAAAGAGAACCCACAACUUUCGAUAUACUGUAGGGCGUUCAUUAACUCUUGUUUCCGGAACGAAUUGAAAUUUCAGAGUUAAAAGGCGCUUGAUCUGAAUUAAACUGCACCACCGAAGCCCCUCGUAUACUAUAUAGUCUUAUAACCCGCCGUAUUUCCUAAUCUAGCUUUCUGCCUAUUAUUAUACACGCGUAAAUAUGCGCAUGUUUCCAGUUAAUAUCGACAGGCUUGAACAAAGUUAUGCUGCACCCUAAAAACAAGUUGUCAACAAUGUUGUUACCGUAUUGUCACAACUGAACAAUUCUGUAUAGCGACAUUGUUGACAACUUGUUCCUUAAUAGGGUGCAGCACAACCCGACCUUGUUCAAGAUUGUCCAUAUCAACCUGGAACAAGGUUUUCGUUUUUACGCUUGUAGGCAGGUCCGUUAUAGCCAUCUUUCUCAUUCUGUCAUUGUACAGCUAUUCUUUUAACUUUGUAGAUAUUUAUUUCCGUACUUCUUAACUGGGUAAAUCUUUAUAUAACACAAGACAUCUAAUUAUUGCAAAAACAGAGAACAUUUCAUUAUCCAAUACAGCAUUUGAAAUUACUAUACGUAGUAAAUAAAUUAUUUCUGCAGGUACACAAGCCCGUUUUGUAUAAUUAAAUACAUAAGACGUAAAAAAAUUCCGUUUUUGAUCAGUGCGUGCGUCAUUUUUAAAUGUAUUUUUAAAUUAUGAUUAUAUAAUAAUUUAUUAUCUUAUUUAUUUGAGUAUUUAAUGUAUUUUUGUAGUUCUCAUUUUAUUCUAUUAAACCUGCAAAUUUGGUGACAGUUCAAUGUUAAGAGCAUAAAAAAUUACCAUACACUUCAUAGAAACAAGAAAAAUGCACUGAGCCCCUCCUUGAUAAAAAAGAAAGAAAAAAAAGCCGCGUCGGCGCGUCUAUUCUGGACAAACCCACUGGCCAGGAACAGGAUAUCUCUUUAUAAUCCUUACUAUCAGGGGCGUAGGAAGCAUCAAAAGAUUGGGGGGCACCGACUUCUAGGGGCACUUUAGCUUAUUGAAAAGGGCACCUAAAACAUUUUUCCCGGAAAUGUUGGCGACGGGGGGGGAGGAGAAAAAUUUACACGUUUUUGACCAAAUUCUUUAAAAAAACUUGGAAAUUUCCAAACUAAAAGGGCACCUUUGAUGUUAAUUUAGUAUUUACAGCGACAUUAGCUUGUACAAAAAGGGCACUUUUCAUCACAAAAAAGGGCACUUUUAGUCCUUUGAAAAAAUGGGGGGGGCACGUGCGCCCCUGCUACGCCCCUGCUUACUAUAACUUAAACUCUUACAAUCGAUUUCAACUUACUUUUCACUAAAGUGUUGCGAACUUCGUUCCGAACUUCGCAAAUUCGUUGCCAAGUUCAAAAGUUCAUAAUGAAAUUCACAAACAGGUUUGUAAACUGAGCAUUUGAUUGGCUGGUUUGAUUUAAUAGCCAAUCAGAGGCUUUGUUUAUAUACCUGUCUGUGAAUUUCAUUAUGAACUUUUGAACUUGGCAACGAAUUUGCGAAGUUCGGAACGAAGUUCGCAACAAUUUAGUGAAAAGUAAGUUGAAAUCGACUGUAAGUCGCAAAUCAUUCUGAUCUGCUAUACUGUAGCUGUUUCGCUAAGUACAGAGUGAGUAACUCCCCUGAACAUGUCCCGGACCGGUAAAUACCAACCUAAAAUGAUCAGCAUUUGUGAUAUAGGCUUCAUAAAACAAUAGUGCACGUCAGUGUUUAUGACUCGUUCUGUAGAAGAUGAUUUCUAUAGUUUAUUGUUAUAAUCAACCAAUCACGAAGCCCGUUCAUAUACUGUAUGUGGUAGCGACCCCUUGUCUCUGGUUGGUUCUUUAGAUGAGAUACGAUUAUGCGUUCGCUCUAGACGGCUAAUCGGGUAACCUUCAUAUUAAUUGUUGACCUUGAACCCAACCCUCGGAAACUGCUAGCCAAUAAAAACAUAGCAUGCGUCACAAAUACACAAUAAUAAAAAAGAAAUAAGUUCCGAAGAAUAUAAGAUCAUUUUGAAUUCAUUCACAAUUCAAUAUAUGAAUGAACAAGAAAAGGUUUUGAAAAAAAAGUAGAAAAUGUACAGUUUCGAAAACCGAAAACUGCACUGCAAAAAAGCCCUGAGUGUUUCGACUCAAAAUUAGUAAAAUAACGAACCCUGCACAGUGACUCGAGCUAUUGAGUAAAAUCACUCAAACUUAUGAGCAAAGUACAUCCUUACUCAAAAAAAAUUGAAACUUUGCUCAGAAAAAUGAGUAAAUUUGCUCAUAAAUUUGAGUCAUUUUCCUCAAUAUUUUGAGUCACUGUGGAUUGGUGCAUUAUUUUACUCAAAUUUUUUUACUCCUUAUAUAUUCGUUAUUUUACUCAAUCGUGUUUAAUUCAUUUUCAUGCAUUGAAUUUCAAAUUAUUUUUAAGAAUAUUCUCAUACGCUUUUCUUGAAAUGUAUUUAUCAGACUGUACAUGUAUGUACUUGUUGUGGUCUAGUUAUAGAGACACGUAACUGAAUUUGGUAGAUUUAAGCAAAAACUUGUAAUUUGAAUACAGUAGUUUAAUACAUGCCAAGCAGUCCUGGACACUGUUAGGAAUAAUGCCUUUCUUUGCGUUAUCAAGGUAGCUGAUCGUAUUGUGGCUGUAAAUAAUCAAGAUCUCACAAAUGUCAGUAACGAAAGGUAAGUUGUCAAUUUGUCAUAUUCUUCAUAUGAAGACGUUUCAUCAAUUCAUCAUUGUGUAAUGAAUAAUAUUGUGGCCACUACGUACUUCUGUAUACUAUAUCUCACCGCGAAUAACUGAAACAGAAAUAUAAAACCAUUUGCGAGACUUGCCAUGCACUAAGGUUGGCCAACUUAAAAACAUAUACACAUGCAACUGGCACGAAACGAGCAGAUUUAUGACCUUUAUGACUCUAUAGAUGUCAUUUAUUCAUUCUUAAACACAUAAUACUGUACCACGUGCGCCGGUUAAGGGUAUUACCUGAAUUGAUGUGUUGUACAACUUUGACAGGGAUGCCACUACCUGAACGUUUCGGGCGAAGGCCCUUCGUCCGGAAAUUAGGAAAGGAAAGCCACUUCCUGUUUAAUUUCAUUUAUUAACAUACUUUAAAUAGCAAGAUAUUUUCGUUACCAUAUAUGGUAUAUGUACCGUUAAAUAGGCCAACAGUUAUAACUAAAAUGUGCAGAUUUGGUGAAAGUGAAGAAUAUAAUUUUCAGCUGACUAUAUAACUUUUACUUGAUAUUAGAUGACAUAUCUACUUUAAUUUUCAAAUUGUAUAAUAUUGUGUAUAAUCAUGUAUAUAUAGGCAAAUAAUAAUACUAAUUUAUUCAAACAAAGUCCCAAUAUUGGGACAUAGAAUACAUGGGUAAAUAACUAAGUAAGUCGUUACGGUUUAUAACAAUAACAUAGAUAUUAAUAUAUAUGAACGAUGUUAAUAAAUGUAUAAAUACACAUACAUACACACGCACACGUGAGUACCGAGGAGGCGAGGACUAUCCUAUCCUUCUAUAGUGAAGCAUUUUAAAAACAUAUUCCCAGUUUAAAUAUACAUCUGUAUGAUGAAAGAAAGCAUUUAGUAUUUAGUACUGAAAUAUAGUAUAUGCAAUAUCGCCAAAAAAGGGGAAGUGUGCAUUGUUUGAGUAGCACAUUGUUAAAGGCCAGGUUUUGACGUAGAAUUUCCUUCAAAAUUUAAUUCGUAUAAUUGUAUAAUGGGCUCAUUUAGGACGUAACACAUUAAAUGUGACGUUGUUCGAUUAUUCUGAACAGGGUUUCCGGCAUACAUAUAUGAAGGCCCUUUUUUCUAUCUGGUAUGUUAAUGUUAAACAACAAUAUACAUAUAUAUAGUGUAUCAUUGCCAAAAUAAUUAAGGGUAUAAAGAAUCGCACUUUUAUUCAAGACAAAGCACUGCGGUAGAUAUUCAGAAAGACGUGACUGGAAAUUUUAACUAUUGGUAUAUCGAGCCACUAUAAUUGAGUAAAAUAGUCGCAUCCUAUACCCACCCUACCCCCCAUGGCGAGAUUGUAACUUUGAUAUGCAUUGACUUGCACGUCCGCGUUUAGCGUAAACGUUUACACAAUUUUUGUGUUAGUGGACAUUUAUACGAACAAGACCCUUUUGGUAAUGGUAUUUGGCGAAAUAAGGGUAUAAAGAAUCGCACUUUUAUGCAAGACAAAACACUCUGGCAAAUCUCAGGGGAGAAAGACGUGACUGGAAAUUUUAUUUAGUAUAAUAGAGUAAAAUAGUGCAUCCUAAAACCCAUGCACCCCCAUGGCGAGAUUGUAUAUUUGAUAAGCUCUAUUGCGUAAUGACAUUUGACUUAUAGACAUCCGCAAAAUUUCGUCAAUGAUGUAAAUUCAUUGCAGUUCUGACGCUGAUUUAGUGUAAAUUUUACACCGGUUUUGUGUUAGUGAACAUCAAAUACACUGAUCAAUCGUGAUAUUUACACCCAAUUGUAAGUGUAUUGAGUGUAAAUUUAGCACCGUUUUUGUUCUGGUGUGAAGACAUUUUGAGUACAACGAAUUAUGAAAUUGGGCGGAAAUUCUACCAGGCGUAAUUAAAACUUAAAAGGCAAUGAUGCAUUGUCGUAAAGUAAGGUCAUUUCCACGUAGUUUCCUCUUUAUCCGACGACCGGAAGUAUGCAAAAUGCUCAAGACACAAAUUCAUAAUUACCAUAUUGAAUCAAAUUGCAUAACACUGAUGUGUGGGUGAACAAUAAAAUGAAACAUAAAUUUAAUGCAAAUUUGAUGACAAAUGUUGGUAGUCUAAUGGUAGCCUGAUGAUUUUUACCACAUAUUUUUGAAAUAUCAUUUCGGUACGUUUUAAAAUCGCCCCGACAGCGUGUAAAGACAGCUAAAGUCAACAUUGACAUGCACGUGAAAUAUUACACCACUUGUGAGGCACUUAAUUCUCCACCCUAUUUAACAUAAUAACGCAUCAUUAAUACGUAUUUCAGUCUGUUCUGUUUAUUGCAUUGUGAGGACUGAAUGCGGUAGUUCUUUGUAUUAAACGUCUGGCAAUUUAUCAAAAAUUUCUUUUUCUCAUUGUAUAUAUAUUCUGUAUCUGUAACCUUUCAUAUUGUUUAUGAAAGACGUGUGUUGACAGUGUGUCGUUAACAUGUUCUAGAUCUGUGGUAAAAGUAUAAAAUAAAGUUUUGUAUUGCUAUAAUUUGACGAGAUGUUGUAUGAUAUUAUUCCUAUCAGGGCAGAGGAAGCGUUUAGCAAAGCUCUCCAAUGUGAUACAAUCGAACUAAGCAUUUCAAGAUCGCAUUCAUUUCUUUCUGACAACCAGUCCAAUCGUGUGAGUUCAGUAAAUGGAACAAGUUCUCAGGGUGAUGUCAAUGACAAUGUUGAUGGAAUUACUGAUGAAGGUAAUAAUAAUAACUAUUUUUGAAACAAAUCUUGAAAGUGGAUGAUUGGAUUGGCCCGAUUUAGAGCAAGGAAAAUGUAGUCUGAUAGUUCGUCUGUGUAUGAAUACAUCAAGAUGAAUUUCUGGGUAAUUAUAUGAAUAUAAAUACUGCCUCGAGUCCAGCAUUUAUAAUCAUGAUUAGAUUAGACGCCAGACGGAUGAUCUGUGUGUCUACUAUUGAUCCCGCAUUAAUAUCUACAAUAUUUAAAAAAAACAGUCUUUAAUAUAUACAUUCAUAAGAUUUAUAAGAAUUUUAUACGGAAACAUUGUAUUAGUUGUUGUCUUCAAUUUGUAUGUUUUCUAUGUUUUUAUCACCAUGAAAUAGAUACUUAUAUAUAAAUAGUUGUUUUCGAAAUUUAUGUUCUUGUCAUAUAUCAACCGGACAAUGAUUGUGACCUGUGUGACUUUUAUGGCAAGAGUGACAAGACUCAGUACUGAUUUAAAAAUUAUCUGUUAAUAAUCAUAAUACUUGCAACUACGAGCAAACGGUGUUACACUUAUAAACCAGCACAAACAUCUUUUCUGUGGCUGUUUACAUGAUGAACCCGCCUCGCUGGAAUAGUGUGGAUGACGCGGGUUUUUGUGAAAUAUUCAAUAAGUCCCUAUGGACCUAAAACGAAACUAAACGAGCGAUUAAAAGGAGAUUAUUAAUUUAUUUGUUGUUAAUCAGAUUCUGAAAAACCCGAUUAUUAUGGCUUCUCAAACGGGAAAGUAAUGCACUAAUCAUGAACUGUGACUUAUCAAAAUCAUCUUGUCUUCCUCAGAAAAGCUGGGUCAUGUAAACAGCCUCUUUGACAAUCGCUCUUGUGAACAAUAGUUUUGUAUUGUGCAUGUAUUUCUCAAACCAAUGUUGUAUAUUUCUGUUUUAACAGACAAAAAUACUGUCCCGCCAUUACCAAACUUCUCUUCUCCUACGUACAAGAAACCGUUGGGGACUCAGGAUAAAAAUGAUGUUGCAAUUCCAAGAAUUGUCGAGAAAAAAAUUGUUAUCGACUUGCAAAAAGGUUUGUACCUACACAUGCUUUUCUCUUCGAAGCACAUUGCAUCGCUUCCCACGGCUGAAUAUUACGAUACUUUGGGAAUGCGAGCUUUUGUAAAGGUUUCUUUCAUAACCAUAGGACAAUAUAAACCUUACAUCCCCGUUGGCUGGGAUCCACUCCGGUGUGGGAGAAUUUAUUUAUCUGUUCACAUGACUAUGACGCCCUCGAUUAAUAUUUGUUGUGAUUUGAAAAAAAACUAUAUGUUGUGUUACGCACUGUAUAUAUUAGUGAUUGUUAUAAAAUUAUUUCUCGGUCACGCUUGAGUUUCAUCCUUCCCAAAUUAGCUCUCAGCUUCAAGGAAAGAUAUUAGCAACACCAUCCCUCGUCCUUAACCUAAUUGCUCCUGGUUAGGUUGUAAAUAUGCAGUGUAUAUAGUUUUUAGCUUGAAAUUUUCAUCCACGGAAACCAUUUCGCAUCUGUCGAGUGAAAUGGCCAAAUUAGACCUAUUAUUUAGGGAAGACAAAACGGCAAAAAUGAAGUUGGCAAAAAAAUUUAUGCGCAAUAAGCAUAUUCACGAUAUUGACAUUGGCCUUAUUGCAGACAAUUGUUUUAAUUUGCUGUCACAACAAUGUUUGGCACAAGAUAUGGGAGAUUUUCAUUGUGUAACACUGUAUAUACAGUACAGAUUGAUAUCUCGGCGUUACCGGAACUCAAUAGUCAAUACCAUUCAUUCCUUAUUGUCCUAUAAUAUACAAACGACUUUCAAAAAUUCAAACAUCAAUAUUUGGUGCGAUUUAAAUAAACAAGUCUUCCGGAUCUGCAUAUAAGACAUUCGCAACUCACAUUGUAUGCAUGGUAUAUAGUUUUAUGACUUUUAUUAACUAUUUCAUAAUUUUAUUCUCCAGUGACGUGUGAUAUUUUCUUCUCACACCAAUACGAUAGCGGAAAUCGUCAUAUUUUAUGCACGAAAUAAUACAUAUACAUUAUAUAUAUUACAUCCUGUGCAGAAACGUCCAGGGAGUCGUUCGCUGUGUCCGGCAUUAUUCAUUCCGCUCUACCUGCAGCUAUCGUGAAAAAUGUCAAUGUGCCGGUUUAUGCCAUUUUAAGCGAACAACGAGUAAAAUGUUUUUUGAACUUGAAAAAAUUCAAAAUGCACACAAACGAUGUCCAGAAUUACACAGGUUCCCAUGCAAGGUCCUUAAUAAUUAUAAUACUUGAAAGUGCUUGAAAUCAAUACAGAUCCUUCACAGUCAUAUAAACUGUCUGUGCCAGCGUAGGUGCACCAGAAAACUGCGGGUUCAGAGGGAUUCAACUACUUGAAAAAUACAAGCAAAACGUCGACAUUUCGAGCGAAGGCCCUUCGUCUCGAAGUUAGUAGAUUAGUAGACGAAUGAAGUUAGUAUAGAUAUAUAGCCUUCCAGACGAAUGAAGUUAGUCAGUAUAGAUAUAUAGCCUUCCAGACGAAGGAAGUUAGUAUAGAUAUAUAGUCUUCCAGACGAAGGAAGUUAGUAGAUUUCCAGGCGAAGGAAGUUAGUAGCCUUCCAGACGAAGCCGAAAGUUAGUAGAUUUCCAGGCAAAGGAAGUUAGUAGAUUUCCAGACGAAGCCGAAAGUUAGUAGAUUUCCAGACGAAGGAAGUUAGUAGCCUUCCAGACGAAGUCGAAAGUUAGUAGAUUUCCAGGCGAAGGAAGUUAGUAGCCUUCCAGACGAAGCCGAAAGUUAGUAGAUUUCCAGACGAAGCCGAAAGUUAGCAUAGAUUUCGAUGCGAAGGAAGUUAGUAGAUUUCCAUGCGAAGGAAGUUAGUAGAUUUCCAUGCGAAGGACGUUAGUAGAUUUCCAGGCGAAGGAAGUUAGUAGCCUUCCAGACGAAGUCGAAAGUUAGUAGAUUUCCAGGCGAAGGAAGUUAGUAGCCUUCCAGACGAAGCCGAAAGUUAGUAGAUUUCCAGACGAAGCCGAAAGUUAGCAUAGAUUUCGAUGCGAAGGAAGUUAGUAGAUUUCCAUGCGAAGGAAGUUAGUAGAUUUCCAUGCGAAGGACGUUAGUAGAUUUCCAGGCGAAGGAAGUUAGUAGCCUUCCAGACGAAGUCGAAAGUUAGUAGAUUUCCAGGCGAAGGAAGUUAGUAGCCUUCCAGACGAAGCCGAAAGUUAGUAGAUUUCCAGACGAAGCCAAAAGUUAGCAUAGAUUUCGAUGCGAAGGAAGUUUAAUAGUAGAUUUCCAUGCGAAGGAAGUUAGUAGAUUUCCAGGCGAAGGAAGUUAGUAGAUUUCCAGGCGAAGGAAGUUAGUAGCCUUCCAGACGAAGCCGAAAGUUAGUAAAUUUCCAGACGAAGACGAAAGUUAGCAUAGAUUUCGAUGCGAAGGAAGUUAGUAGAUUUCGAUGCGAAGGAAGUUAGUAGAUUUCCAGGCGAAGGAAGUUAGUAAAUUUCCAGAGGAAGGAAGGUAGUAGCCUUCCAGACGAAGCCGAAAAUUAGUAGAUUUCCGGACGAAGGGCCUUCGCUCGAAACGUCGAUUUUUUGCGUGUAUUUUUCAGGUAGUUCCCUGUUCCCUUCAUAGUCAUGUAAUUUCUUUCCCGCGGUGUUAUACUGUAGCUAAGUAAUAGUUUUUUAAUUCAAAGUCUGAUGUAGUGUAAAAACUAAGUCUUGGAAGAGUUUUUCAAUUUCAUGUUUUACUGGAGGAUAGGUACCAUGAUUAUAUUAGUUUAAUUAAGCAUAUUUAUGCAACAAUUGCAAGAUAGUCUAUUAAACAGUUAAUAUAUACAGGGAGGUUUUGAGGUCUCUGCCUGUAAUCUCGGUUAUCGAGACGUCUAGCCUAAUCAGGUAACCUGUACGAAUUUUAAAGAAUUUGAAAAUCUUUAGGAAGUGAUGGUUUAGGCUUCAGUGUGACGUCACGUGAUAAUCCCGCGGGGGGUGCCUGUCCUAUUUAUGUGAAGAAUAUUUUACCGCAUGGUGCCGCAAUACGUGAUGGUCAGCUGCAAGCUGGAGAUCAAAUAUUAGAGGUUUGUAAUUUUUAACUUAUAGUAAUUUCCAGACAACAGCCGUUUAUACCUUGAUUCACAGACAACUAUUUCUGUGACGAAGGGCAUUCGAUUUUUUGUGAUUUUAAAUUAUUAUUUCGCACGCGACUGCAGCCAAAGAUGAACACUUUGUGUAAUGUCAUGUUUGUCCACUUGCCAUGGACAAGUUGAAGUUUUUAUUAGCAAGUUGGAAUUUCGGAUAGUAUAUAUUCAUUUAUGGUUAAUUUUGUAUUCCACAGGUGGAUGGGACAGAAAUGACGGGCAAAAGUCAAGGACAAGCUGUCGAUAUUCUUCGAAGUACUAAAGGACAAGUGAAGCUUUUAAUUCAAAGAAAAGUAACUAUAACUUCUCCUAUUGGCUCCACGAAACUGGUAAGAACAUAAUAAUUUCGUCUUUGUCGUCGCAUCUAACUAAUUUAAACCUGAUCCAACUCCGUUCUCUUAUUCGUUUUCUUAUAACACUCAAACAUGCACUCCAGUUUAAAAUAUUUACUGUGGAAUAUCAGUGUGACAAACGUUUAGUGGGUUAAACUUUUGCCCGUUUCUGCGUUGUCCGCAGGUCCUUCUUUUCUGACGUGAGAUCAAAAUACAGCUGUACGGGCAUUGCCGUAAGUAAAUACGCGCACAAAACCCGUUUCUCGCUUUAUAGAGUUCAAACGACAAACCCUUACACCCUUAGUUGUCGAGCAUGUGUAUGAUGAGCCUCGGGUGAAUUGGGCAACCACACCCUGUGUAAUCGACCUUUCAUGAUUUAUAAUAACCGUAUACACUCUCGCAUUUUUUCAGAUCAAAGACCUAGAACGAGCUCCUUCUGACAGUCGAGGUAAUAAAAUUCUCACCUAUCAAAUACCUCUACCCAUCUCGGGUACAGCAGGCUUGGGUAUUACUGUGAAAGGCAAAUCAAAUAUUUCUGAACAAAAUGAAAGUUCUGGAGAUGAUCUUGGGAUAUUUGUUAAAACUGUUGUUCCUGGAGGUGCCGCACAUCAGGUUAGUCACAGUAAAUCAUUCUUUUAUUGAGAGAUAAACCACCAAAUCUCCCGACAACUUGCAUGCGUUUUCCCACAAUAACUUUCUUACAUGCGAUGGGCGUCGCUUUAAACUACGUCACAUUUAUCCGUUACCUUGGAAACAUUGUUACGGAAACACGUUUUGUCUCCCAGAAACCAAUGUUUGUUUUUCAUGUGUGACUGGUUUGCCCACCUUCUGGAAACUUGGCUGGGAAGCAAUGUUUCCACAGCAACGCUUCCCACGGCUUUAGACACAUAGGCAGCCCAAUGGCUAUUGACUAGACUUUCCAAAGUCCGUGGUUCCUGGAAGCGACGGACUUUUGUCACCCGCAAGCGCGCCAAAUUCACUGGUGCAUUUUUGCUUCGGUGACGUCAGUGAAUGCUCAUUAUUAUUAUGAACAAAACAAUAAUGAACUAGUGAAAUCGACAUGGUGAACGCCCACUAUGUCAUAAUUGAUUUUCGCGCCAAAUUUUUCAGUAAGAUUCAAAAUCAGGCAAGUGACACAAGUCGCUCGCUUCCGUCUUUCUCAAGCGCUCCCUUCUUGCUACGGGCGGUCCCUAGCGAGCGACUUGGGCAAGUCUAGCUAUUGACGUGUUAAUAAGAACCGUCGGUCAUUGACAACGCUUGUUUGUAGCGGGUUCUAUGUUAAUAGGCAACAUUGAACAGAUUUCCGAAAACUUUUCGGGGUUUUUUCGUUUUAGGGUCUCAAAUUUUCUUAAGGUUUCAAGAAUGUAAUAAAGUAUCGCAGAUUCAUGUUUUUUUACUAUUUUAGCGUAGUUUUCAAAAUAUUCGAGUAUUGUUCGAUAGUUUUCAGGUAUAGCGAUGUAUAAUUUGAUUUUCUGGUUAACCAUACCAUGCAAUGAGUGACGUCGCCCGUACGUAGGCAACUACAACUGCAGAAUUGCAUUGUUAUCUGGACAUUUAUCACGUUUUCGCCAUAUUUCGCCAUAACAAGGCAAGCACAGUUUUAUUAAAAAUUUGAAUAGUUUAGUAAAUAUUUGGCCAACCUCGAAGAGCCUGGGAGCGAGGUUGAUAUUUGGCACGCCUAGCCAUGGGGCUGCCUAUGCUCUAGAGAACAUUUUUGUUUUCUGGAAAGCAAAAUGUAUUUCUCAAUAGUGUUUCCGGGGAUGGGUACUGAGAAACAUUUGAGAUGACAUCGGAACUUUCUUAAUAACCUAGUGUUUCCUUGUUUACGUGAGUUUUUUUGACAGUAUACAAUUAUUACAAUAACUUGUAUCAUUUUCCAGGAUGGGCGAUUGCGACCAAAUGACCAAUUAAUUAGCGUGAAUGGUGUCAAACUGACUGGCAUGUCUAAUUCAUCGGCCAUGAAAACACUACGUUCUGCCAUGGAAACCAAGACCUCGGGGCCUGUAGAAGUAACUGUGAUACGAAGUGUCAAAGAAAUCAUGAAUAACGUGAGUGAACUGGAAACGAUCAGAAAACAGAAAAACACAAGUGAUCGCGCGAUUGAUAUUGGAGGUAGUGGAAGUGAACGAAUUGAUGUUCCUGAUGGAGCGUUGGGCGAUAUCAAAGAAAUCGAGUCAAAUGAUAGCAAACGGAAACAAAACCAGCAAGGUAGCUUUUUAUAUCAAAUUCAUGCUGUUAUUUUGAUACGAAUAAAAGUUUUUCCUGAUCUUUUAUCUUUAAAAUCGUGCUUGUUUACAUGGCAAAACCCGCUGGAGAAAGUUGGGCUGCCGAGGGGUAACAUGAUAUUGAAUUACAAUUUACAAAUAUGCUUGCAUGUAUGAUGUUACUCUGAGUGUAUAUCCACACCGGGCAGGCUUGAAAAAUAUACCUGGCCACAGUGGAAAUCGAACCUACGACCUUUGGAAUACUAGCCCAACGCUCUGCCAACUGAGCUACGCGGUCAGGUCGGUUCGAGUAUGCGAUAUUUCGGAAAUGAGUCUAGUUCAUUCGAUAUCAGUGUAAUCUAAUAAUCAGAAUUCGAUCCCCACUGUGGCCAGACAUAUUUUUCAAGCCUGCCCGAUGUGGAUAUACACUCAGAGUAACAUCAUACAAGCAUAUUAUUCACCUGAAUACAUUACACCAACACACAAAUUUACAAAUAAUAAGAAUAGUAUGAGGCCUGUAGCUACUAGGUGGGAAUGGGAUCAGAGUCGGUUGUUUCCUGAACAAACAAACAAGGCAGUUCUGUCCCUCUUCUACAGUACUAUUCAAUAAAAUUCAAUAUCAUGUAAAACGUCGUAUUUAUUUAUAUAACAAUUGACAUACCCUGAAGGAGUUUUGGGUCAAACAUGAAACGUCAGUUCUUAAAUAAAUAUUUUUUAUAAAUAUCAUAAAUAUCAGGUUGAAAUAAAGAUAUCUUAUGCCCUUAUUAUUUUAGGAACUAAAAUCACUGACGAGGAAAUCAUUUAAAAAUAUAAUUUUAUGGUUUCAUAAUAAAAUAAUAAAAAUAUUACAUCGAAUCAAUUUAAUUCUGUUUUAAAAUAAAGAUAUCUUAUGCCUUUAUUAUUUCAGGAACUAAAAUCACUGACGAGGACACUCGUUCAAAACCUGACGAGCUUAAACCGUCACACUAUCACAUUAGACCUGCUUCAGAUGAUGAACUACGUCGUGGAACUAAACUAAAUGAAAUAUCCCACGAUAACCGACAUCAGACUACACAACGAAGAGCUGUUUCAGAUGAUGAACUAAAACAUCGCCCGACCAACCGUAGAGAGCAAAAUGAUGAAAUGAAAAAACUCUUUGCAAAACCAGUUCUGAGUAAGAACAACAUGGAUGUUAGUAGUAAUCGCGUGCUAAACGGUCAUAAUAAUGUGAAUAAAGUUCAGGAUAAAGCCGAGAAAUCGAGGCUAAAUAUUAAUACUACACAGGAGGAUAAAGUCCCUGAACUUAAGCCAAGUCGUGUUCGACAGACAAAGACAGGUAAUGGUAUACAUAGAAACCCUUCGUAUUACAUUGCUAUGAACCGCACUGGACAACGAGCUGAAAGAUUGCCAAAAUCCAAGAAACCUAAAUCUCCAUUCUACCAACCUAAAGACGAGUCACAUGACAAGGACAAGGAGCCUAAUAUGUCACGUGCUACAAAAGAGGAGAAGCCACAAAUAGUAAUCGCGUCAAUUACUGAUACCGCUAGAGUAUGGAACACAACUCGUCCUAUGUCUAUUACCAACAGACCUAGCAGUACAGUGGCUGAACCAACAUCAGCGUUAAGUACCUCUGCAUCGGCAACACUCCCUAGGUCAUCUGACCAAUCACGUGCAAGUCUCUCACCGCCACGUGAAAGUAAACGUCCUCCAACAUCAAUAAAUAUCCCUAAAGGAAUUCCGCCACCCCCACCGCCUCGGACACAAAGACCAUCGCCCUAUACAAAACAGUUUCCUAACUAUUUAUUAGCGAUGGAACAGUCUGCUAGGAAAUCUGAUAGCACUUUCUAUUCUGAUAACAGUGAUGUUUCUCCUGCUUUUCAAAACCCAAAGGAAAGCUUACCAAGGGAAAGCUCAGCUAAAGUUGUUUCAGCUAUGGAAGUGAAGUCAGAAAGCAAAAACGAUGAAAAACCAAACAUAUCAGCUCAGAACGAGUCCAAAGUCGAUGAUGUAAUUGACUAUUUGACAGAUGAUGAGGAGGAUGGUACUGGGGAGCAUUUUGUCCGAGAGGGAAUGGGGCGACAAUCAAUGUCUGAAAAGAGAUUUAAACUGGCUCAAGCAGAUAUCACUCAGACAGAGUUUUAUAAACAAAGAGUGACCCGGUCGAAAAGUUUAGAAGGUUGGUGAACGUAUUAUCGUCAUUUUAUCAGUGCAGGGACUGGCCACAGAAGUUUAUAUAUUUCAAUUUUGGACAUAGGUAUACUACACAAUGGGUUGUUUGUGUAUAGUACACCUUUCUGUUGCACUAAUGACUAAAAUCUUUCCAAUUUUAAUCUUAUUUUCGACUGUGAAUCUCCUUCAGAGAAAAUGGCAAACAAAACAUUUUUUAAACAAUCUCGCCGUGCAAAAAUUCUAUUCUAGUUUCUGAAACCGCUGAGUGUACAAUCUUAUUCAAAUUCGUCCAUGUGCACAGACCUCUAAACAUUGCAGGAAAUAUGCCUGCUCUGAUGAGAUUGACUGAUUCUUUAUAAUGCCCUAAUGAUAACAGAAAGAAGCAAAAUGUGAGAACAUUCACUCAUUAUUUCCAUAUUUCACAGGUGCUAUUGCUAAGGAACAUAACGUGAAUCAGGGACAAGGAACAUAUCUGACAAGUAAGAUACCUUUAUACGGUAAAUUUGUAGAGCUAAAAUAGGCUAAUUGUUCCUUGGCUUUCCACCCGUGUGUGAGUUAGAGUCUGUCAGGUUUGCAGGUUGCAUAUUUGGGAAGAUCCACUCGGUCUCCCAUACCACAGAACUUAAUUCAGGUCAACCUGAAAACCUCAUCAAAAUACCACCCUAGAAUAGUAAGGUGGAAGCAAAAAGCCGAGGAACUAAGCUAAAGCCAAACAUUUAAUAAUGCCAAGCACAUCUAAACAGCGAAAAUGUCUGUGAAGAAUUUAGUCAUCUGGAUUAGCCCGUCCGAUAUAACAGUAUAAACAGCCCCUUAUAUACGCGGAUUUUUGCUAUAUUUUAGACAAUACUGCUAUAGUAUGCAUUUCUCUCGUAGAAACUUUACCCAGGCCAAGCACAACUCCAAUUGAGAAAAGUCGGAGACGGAAAUCUGAUGAAGAAUAUAAUGAAAGAUUGAUUGGUAAGAUUUUUCAUGGUAAUCCUUCUUUCAACAGAUUUUGCUCUCAAUGACUAAGCGAAUACAAAACACUGAAAAAUUUGAACCAUUUCCAUACUUUGGUUUUCUAGGUUUUCUGGAAAAUUUCCCUAUUAUGGUAGUGUGCAAAACUUUGGAAAUUGAAUUUCCAAACUUUUUUAAGUGUUCAAUAUAUAAAAUUUCUGUGAAAUUUUCACUCUGUGGAAGGUUUCGGAUUUUUUCCAGUGAAAAUACAUGAGAAUUCAUCAAAUAAGCAAAAAAUAAAAGAAUUCAGCACCAUAUCGUUGUCUUUGUACAACUACAAUAAACGUUCAUAACUUUCAAGCUGAAUCUCUCUUUAAAUAUUGAUCUUUUGAGAGGUUAUAUCAUACACUCGAGGUUGUCUAGUGAUUUUAGAACACUUCAAGUAUCUGAAAAUUGGCUAAGGCUUCGUCCCAUUCUGGAAAAUAUCUAUACUAAUAAUAAUAGCUAAUAUGUGGAGCUUCUUUGAGUUACGUUAAUGAGUUUAAAAGGAUGGAGGAAAACAUCAAAACAAUUCACAGGACACGUAUAUAUCAUUCUUAUGUUUCGCUGUAUUGCUUUGAAGAUUUUGCCGUUCCAAUUCCCAAAGAAAGAAGUAAGAAAAGUGAUAAAGAAUCAUUAAUGCUUGGUCAUUUUGAUCCAAAUAACGUAAGAGGACAAUGGAGGACAAGUUCGGAUGGUGUUGUAAAGAAAUAUGGUCGACAUGGAAAUUACAUCAAGGCAUCUCCCUUGGCUUCAAUGUAAGUUCUAGUUUUACGAAGACAAUUUCGGUUAUCACGAUUUUGUGUCUAUUUAUGACAAUUUAAGCGUCGCGUCGUACAGUAUUUUUAAUACUCCUCUUAAGUUUUAAUACUCCUUGCAAUUUUCGACGACAAACGGGGGCUGCCUCUGAUACCUCCAUAGUGUUGUAUAAUGUUUGCUUUCAUUAACUCAUUGAUGUUUCAAAGAGUUUAAAUAAUUAUAAUUAUCACAAUUUCAGGGCGAACAACAAUUUUGAAUCAGUUCAUAUAGAUAAUGGUGGUGAUGAUGCUAUACCAAUCACAAUGCAAAGUAAUGCGGAUUAUAGUUCUGUACAUCCAAAAGUCAAGAAGAAAUCAAGUGGUUUCAAUUUAAAAAAUUUGGGAGCUGCUCUGAAGUAAGAUUCUUGUUUUAUUUAAACUUAUAUAUUAGUGUAAGCUCUGCCGAUAAAGCUAGGAACCAGUGUGAAAACGUCCUGGUAAGGUAUAAGCAAACCUGGCACGCAAAUUUUGUUUCUGUAACAAUUACUGUCGAUGCAAUGGAAGUGUUGAUAAAUAUUGCAUGAAUUCAUUUCCUCAAGUUGAUCAAUUCAUACGAAUUCAAAUUUCUUUUUACUUCCUGUGUGUUUCCUAUUGGUCAAUCGGUUCUGAAACGAAAUCUAAUUGGCUCAUCUAAAAGUAACAGGAAGUUGAUCAAUUUUCUAUCAAAUGAAUUGAUCAACUUGAGGAAAGGAAUUGGUGCAAUAUCUUAUCAACACUUCCAUUGCAUCGAUAGUAAUAUCAAAGAAAUGAAGAAUCCCUCACGACGAUUACAAGAUGAAGUAGAAGUUUAAACAUGAGCAGCCGACCUUUAUCGAUAUCGAAAAAACGACCCAUCUUAUGAGUUCAUUGGCGAAGUAAUUUUAAAAAUAAACAUUGUCUAAGCCGAGAAAAUCAAAGCUGAAGUUUAUGUAAAUCAGGACAAAUCUUUAUCCGAUUAAAUAUUAAUUUCUUUUGAAUUUUCUUCAUGGAUUAUUAGUGAGUAUUUUAAGAAUGCUUAUUGUUUGCGGUUGUAUGUAUAUCAUAGUCGAUAGAAUAAGGAUGGUUAUGAAACUCGAUGGAAUACAGUAAAAUCCUUUAUCUAUAUGUUGGUUUAAGUACUAGAUAAAACAUGAGCAGCCGAUCUGUAUCUGAUAUACAAACUCGAGCCGAAGGCGAGAGUUUGUCUAUCAGAUACAGAUCGGCUGCUCAUGUUUUAUCGUACUUAAAAAAUGACCCAUUUUAUGAGUUCAUUGGCGAAGUAAUUUUAAAAAUAAACAUUGUCCAAGCCGAGAAAAUCAAAGCUGAAGUUUAUGUAAAUCAGGACAAAACUUUAUCCGAUUAAAUAUUCAUUUCUUUUGAAUUUUCUUCGUGGAUUAUUAAUGAGUAUUUUAAGAAUGCUUAUUGUUUGCGGUUGUAUGUAUAUCAUAGUCGAUAGAGUAAGGAUGGUUAUGAAACUCGAUGGAAUACAGUAAAAUCCUUUAUCUAUAUGUUGGUUUAAGUUUAUGUAAAAUAUGACUGGUCUAUCGUCACAUAUGUUGUUAUCCUCUGCUGCGAGAGGUUUGCCAGCCAAAUAUUGCGGACAUCGCGUGAUUGCAUGGCGUUAAGGCUAAAUGUUGGAGGGUUUUUGAAGAUGGAAACUAUAGAAGCAACUGCCAAAAAUGCAACUAGGCCCUUUAUACCUGUCACGUUUUAGGAAGAGUUACUAUUUUUAGACUUGUAAUUUUGUAUUCUUUUGUAUUUUAAACUUAAUCCUAAUCCUUACUCUAAUCUUAACCCUAAUCUUAAUCCUAACCCUUUUCCUAAUCCAAACACUAAUCCUAACCCUAAAAGUCUAAAAAUAGUAACUGUUCCCAAAUCAUGACUCAUAUGAAGCUCUCUGGCUGGAAUCGUUAAGGAUAACACUGUAAUAGCAAUGUUUUAGUCUUAUUCGCCAUCCAUGACAUCACACAGUCAUUAAUUUAACACAUUGUUACUUGGUGGUUUGGGCGAAAACGCAAUACACACAUGACAAUGAACCGAGCAUAUUUCGACAUAUUAACGUAAAGUAACAAAGAUAAUGAGAUAUACAAAGGUAUACUGUAUUUCACCGAGUUUUGUAAUCAAUUUUAUUGAUCAUAGCCUAUUACACAUCAAUGAACAUAGUUUCGGCUGUGCGUGCAAGGGUUCUUUCUGCUGCAAUUUCUUGCUAGAAACCUUCUGGUUUAUUAUUAAAAUGUAAAAAGUAAAGAAUAAUAAAAUUAAACGGUAGUACUAACCAACACACUAACCGAUAAUAUGAGAAGGUAAACUCCUGAAGGAUAUGUCAACCAUAAAUUUUUCGUUUCAAAUGCUCCCUUAAAUAUAAUUAAUUCAUUCAUUAACAUAAUUAAAAGAUAAUAUAUGUAAUCAAUCAAUAAAUAAACGUUAUUUAUUUGUUCUUCAAUCACCAGCUUCUGGCACAAUGGCAAGGCAAAUAAUCAACAAUAAAUGGAUUAUCGUCACCUGAGCAGAAACCAAGAAACUUAGUCUUAGUUAGAUUUUAUAAAAUUUAAAUGAAAAUAUUUACACUAGAAUUAAAGUUUAUAAAAUUUUGUAUAUAGAUAAACUCUUUAAAGUGCUUAUGAAACGAAAUUUUCACCUUAUUUUUUAUUGUUUUGCUAAAAAGUACUGCUAGAGCGAUGAAGAAUGACGUUUACAGUUUCUUCAUAUCUUAUCUCAUUCUCAAGUUAUCGCACUUUCUAAAUUUCGAGUUGUGACGUCACUAGUUUGACUUGAGAUAAUGGCAAUAACAAGAAAGUCUGAUAUCUUAGUGAGUAUUUGAUAAAAUUCAAUGAAACUCAGUACACUUAGUGGGUGCACGCAUAUGAAUAUUUACGGCAGGUCAUGUGGUUGUCAUGGCAACACACUAGUCCCCAGUCUCUUCUCUUCUUUUUCACGAAUUUCCUCCUGUAGACCUUUUGCAGAGGAUGUUUGCAUGUUAUAACGGUUUAACCUGAUCACAACACCUGCACUUAUUACAGUAAUAAGCGAUAAUUGCAGAAAUUACUAUUUAUUUCGUUGGAAAUGGAUCAUAUAGAAAUUGGAAGAGAAGGGAUUGGGGACGAGUGUGUUGCCAUAACAACCAUAUAAACAAGCCAAAUUGUUCACCUCGUUGCACCCACUAAGUGUGCCAAGUUUCAUUUAAUUUUCUUAAAUGAUCAUCAAGAUAUCAGAUUUUCUUGUUAUUGCCACUAUUUUGACUCAAACUAGUGACGUCACAACUCAAAAUAUAGAAAGUGCGAUAACUUGGGAAUGAGUUGAGAUACGAACAAACUGUAAACGUCAUUCUUCACCAUUUAAGCAGUACCUUUUAAUAAGACAAUAAAAAAUGAGGCAAAAAUUUCGUUUCAUAAGCACUUUAAAGUAAAUCUUUGAUACAAAUAAUCUUUGGUAUAAUCUUUGGUAAAUCGUUAUCUUUCAUACCCUAGCUUAUAAAUGUUAAAUUAUUAAAUGUUUCUAAUAAAUAAUAUAGUCAAGACUAAUCAGGCGUACUUUAAUAAUUAACCAAAAUUAUAAUAAAAAGCUAAUCUGUGAAUGUGAUAUGAUAGAGUAAAUCUAAUCUACUAAUCAUCUUCAUUAUACAAAUAAUGAAUGUUUAUGAGUGCAAUGGUAAGAAUAUUUUCAUGAGGUGAAAGAUGGAAUGUUCCAUUCAACGAGGCGACAGCCGAGUUGAAUGGAACAUUCCAUCUUUCACCUCAUGAAAAUAUUCUUACCAUUGCACGAAUAAAAACAUUCAUUAUUUGUUUUAUAUAAUACCAAAAUAGACUAAUAUUAAAAAGUUUACUGUAAGUUCCAGCCAUUUUGACGAGUCAUGUAUUUGCAUUAAAUCCCAUUUACUGAGUUUCGAAAAUCGGGUUAAAAUAAACUGCGAUUCCCGUACGAGAAGCAUUUUGACGGAUGCGAUUUAUCGAAAACACAAAGAGUGCAAUGGAAUAAAACGUAUAGUACAAUUGCACUCGCAAGAGUGCAAUGGAACGUAUUCCAUUGCACUCUUGGGAAAUGGAAUUUUCUAUUCAAUAUCACGUGACCAUAAACAGCCAAUUAAACGAUCAGAAUUCAAUAAGCAAAGCAAAUAGCUGGUUACAGAGGCUUUUAGUCGGAGCAAGCGCCUUUCACCUCUGGGAUCGUGAUUCCCGGCUGCGGACUCGUGACACUUACGUGAACAGAGUCGGUCAACGUUUUACCGAAAGUCGUGGAUUUUCUCCGGGUACACCGGUUUCCUCCCACAGGGAAAGUUGACAGGGUGGGUUGGGAUAACCCCCAAACUGACACUUCCAUCGUAACUGUUCUCCAUGAUCAGAGAUGGGUCAUAAGAUGGGCGCCCUUAGGAAGCUUUUGACUCGAUCAGGAUGAGGUGCGUCCUCCAGGCCAUGUAACCAGGCCUUGACAACAUGGAAAUUGAUGAUUUGGGGAAGCAAAUUCGCCAUUUCCCAAUCGAGCAGAGGACUGCGUCUAGUCGCUUGUUUGGAGGGUCAAAAAGUAAACAAUAUGCCGAAUAUGGUAUCUAGGACGUUUUCCCACAUUCCUAAAGUUAUUUGUGCAGCCUGAAACGCAGCAAUUAUAAUAAGGCAUCUUUUAAAAAUAUAUAUUUAGCUCGCUUACUAUAACUUGUUGUCCCUCCAAGUCCUCUGCUCGAUUGGGAAAUGGCUAAUAGUACUUGCAAACAAUUGUAAUGUGUUUUAACCUCUCUAAAUUCACUCCUUCGCUUGUUCCCGUCAACUUUUCCCAUGCAGUUUGUCACCCAAAAAUGUAGGACAAGCCCUUGUCUCGUGGUAUGAGAAAGGCUAAUUUCAUUAAUUCACCCUAACCAAAACUCAGAUAUGGCGGAUUUUACCUGGUUAAAUGUCUUAUGAAAUUUUACAAUUUGAAAUUUUUCGCAAUGGCUUUACUGUAGAAAAUAUUAGAACUGGCUAUUAGAAAAGUGAGUGAAGCCGAUGAACUUGUGUUUAGUUACUUCAUUAUUUAAUCCAUUACUACAUCAGGUCGGUGUUCAUCACUUUGUCAAGCAAUUUCACGUUUGUCUACUGCUGUUUAUUUUUUGCAUUGAUUUUUGUUUUGGUUUUUUGAUUGAUGUAUUGAUUAAUGAACUCCUUGUAUGCCGAUUCAUAUUCUUGCUCAAUAUUCAAUAAUAUUUAUAAAUAUUUUUAGACCAAAAGCGUACAAAGGUAAAUAUGAUAUGCAGUCUCGACAAACACCCGAAUCACCUAGUGAGCCUGCAGUUGAUAUUGAUGAACAGCGUUACCGUCAGUUAGUACUUGGUAAACCACGAGAACGAAGUCUGUCUGAAACAUUAUACACAAGAUAUGACGUUGCUAUGAAUGAUUCACCAGGUCGCAGUCGACGGAAAAAACAGGAGCAACAAAAACGACCAUCACCUUCACUACAAGAUAUUUUAAGGAAAGGAAGUGGAGAGUACUCAAUCACAGAAUCUGCACAAAUUUAGAUUACUUCCACGCUAGUCGUUCUUAGCAUGUCACGUGUGAUUGUGGAUUUAUAUCCAUUGUAAUAACUGACAUGAGUUUUGGAGUUGAAAAAUGAUCUAAAUGUAACAAUAUGCAAUUUGUACUGAUCAUGUCUAACAUAUGGCAUCUUCGGUGACGUCAUUGUAGAGAUUGAUACACAUUGACUAGACCGAUCUCUCUACCUAACUGGUCGUUUACCACUGAUGUGAAUAGAAAACUGGAUAUCACAAUCCAUUGUUGACUGGCGCCGAAAAUGAAGCCAGUUAAUUAUUGCCAGACAAUAGAAAUCCCACCUUCACUGAGGGACCAAAUAUACGGACGAAAUGUUUCUACGUCUUUUCUUCAAAAUUGAACAAUACUUAUAAAUAUUGACAUAUAAAGCGUCUCAAGCAGUUGUGCCAUACGACUUCAAACGUGAAGAAAGUUAGCAACCAAAUUUGCGCAAUUUUUACCGAAAGCUGAUUUCAAGGCAUGUUAAUUAAAAAUGUAUGAGUUACACCACGUGAGAAAACAUACGCCAACGACAACUCUCUAUUUAACAUGCGUUGAAAUCAGUUUUGUUUCAAUUUUGUUGUUCGCACCACAACAGAGAGGUUCAGAUUUGACUUCCACUGACCUUGAUUGGUUAAUCAGGUGGAUUAAACGCAUCUGAUUGGUUAAUGAUAAAGGCAGCGGUAGUUUUUAAGUCAAAUAAGAACCCCUCUAACGCUUUAUCGUAAAUCUAAUUGUAAACAGUUGUAUGAACUUUGUAGCCUGAAUCUACGUGAUUUUUAAGAAGAUAAAUAUUUUCUUGGAACGAAUUAGCAAUUUUGUAUGUAUAUUAUUAUUUUAGCGUGAUUACUAUAAUCUUGUAUUAUAUUAAUGAUAUCUAGUAGGUAUAAACACAAUAUAACUCACAAAUCAAUGGUGUGUGGAUAUUUAAAUUAAAAUAUUCUGCAUUGCUUUCCGUGGGUCCGUUAGGAAAUAUGUAAGAGCUCUGUUUAUUUAUUUUUAUUUAUUUAUUUAGCUUCGCCUUGAAUAAAAACGUACACAAUACAAGUACAACAAUUCAUAUACAUGAAACAGAACAAGAGGCGGGAACACCACAACAGUUUACACCAAUUACUGUGGGCCCUUUAGUUAACAUUAGUGACAAAUUACAGACGAAAAAAAAUCAACUAAUUAGUCUAGUAGCAACAGGGAUCGGCAUCGAUUAGAUUGCGCGAUGUGUUGCACUUCAGGCAAACAGUUUUCCAUGUUCGAGCAUCAUCCACGUCGUAACAAGAUACAAGGGCAUUAUGGUAGUAUUCUAAUAGUGACUUUUUAAAUAACAUUAGAGAUAAAUGAUCUAGUCUUAAGUGUUCGGGUAAGGAGUUCCAGGUUCUAGUUGCUCUAAUAAAAAGUGACCGUUGAUAGGUGGCUGUCUUACAUCUACGAGGACGGUACGAGAUAACACUGUUAUUUGAAGAUGAUCGAGUAGGCCUUGAGGGAAUAGAUCGUUUUGGCAAGAUUUCCUUCGGAACAGUUGUACCUUGAAAAAGAACAUCAAGUCAAGACACUCAUGCCAAUAAGAGACUGGUAACAGAUUUAUAGACAUCAGUCUGUCUUUGUAGGAUUCUGUACACGUGAAGGGCAGCUUAAGGAUAAAUUUUGAAGCUCUGCGUUGAACGCGCUGUCUUUCUGACUAGUUCAAUUAACUGCGGUGACCAGACUUGGGUGGCGUAGCCUGGAUUUUUGACUUCCACAGCAGAUCUGUU